AUCAAAUGUAAGAUGUGUUUUGUUUUGGUUUUGUUUUAUUUUUGGUUUUUUACUUUUUAAAUUAGGCACCUAGUGUUAACCUACAGUUUUGAUGGUUUUAUGUAACUAAACACGACCCAGAUAAGUUAAAAUCUAUCUUAAUUUAUUGUUAUAUUUAAUUAUAAUUAAAAUCCAAAGCGAUGAAUUAUAUAUAUACUAAUUAAACUUUCAUAACAUAACAAUAACACCAAUAAAAUGUUAUUGUCUUCUCGGAGGAAUGAGUGAAAUGGCCCCUUAUUGGGAGAUCGUUCUCCUGUAUAGUGCUUGCGUUGGUGUCCCCAACCAGGAAACAAGUAGAGGCACAGCCUUUACAUCUGCCGCAGAUAAAUUAUAACACAAGCACUUAGUGAUUGUCAACAAGUCAGUCGGCGCCGGUUGGUAGUACCACCCGCGCGAAUACCACGUCCCAACCAAAACAAUGGCCGCAACGAUGAAGUACAAUCAACUUGGAACCACUGACAUGAAAUUGUCUCAUAUCAGCUUGGGAGGCGCCUCGUUUAGUAAUAUAUAUGCGAAAUUUGAGGAAGAUAAAAGUAUACAAUUGAUCAAGGAGGCGUUUGAGCAAGGAGUGAACUAUAUCGAAGUAAGUCCAUGGUACGGCCAAGGAAGCUCGGAGAGGACCGUUGGAAAGGCAUUGAAGGGAAUCCCUCGGGAUUCCUACUACAUUGGCGGUAAAGUCGGCAGAUAUGAGUUGGCGGUGGAGAAGAUGUUUGACUUCAGCGCAGAAAGGGUCGCCGCUAGUUUGGACUAUUCUUUGUCGCUGCUAGAGUUGGACUACGUCGAUUUAAUACAGAUUCACGAUCCGACAUUUACAGCAGAUACGUCGGUGAUAUUGAAGGAAACACUACCAGCUUUAGAGAGGGCGGUCAAGGACGGCAAGGCACGUUACGUAGGCAUCGCCGACUACGACCUGGACCUGAUGAAGGAGAUCGUUGAGGAGUCGGACGUGAAGAUUUCCUCCGUUCUGUCCUACGCCAAGUCCACAGUGAUUGAUAAUAGACUCCAGAAUUAUACGAAAUUCUUCAAGAGUAAAGGAGUGGGUGUAAUAAACGCAGCCGCCACGGGCAUGGGACUCCUCUCAAACAUGGGGCCGCAGCCGUGGCAUCCGGCGAGCGAUGACAUCAAGGCGCUCUGCAAACAGGCCUCGGAAUAUUGCAAGAGCCAAAACGUGGAACUGGCACGAUUGGCGACUUGGUUCACGUUGAGCCAGCCAGACAUAGCGACCAAUUUGUGCGGCGUGGUCACACGCGAACAGCUGUUUGACACCUUGCGUUGCUUGAGCCACGGCCUCGACCAACAUGAGAAAGCUGUGCUUCAGUAUUUACAAGAAAGAUUCUUCGAUGAAGUGACACUUCACUGGGAUGGCGUGGAACUUCCAGAAUAUCAGGAAAAAUUAAAAAAUAAGCUGAAAAUGUAAAAUCGAAAUAAAUCUAUUGUUAAUGUUUUUUGUGAUAUAAUUAUGUCUGUAUUUGAGGCAUUAAUUUUGUUUUUAUGUAUUCCGCUACUAACUACAAUUAAUAAAAAAAAUAAAACUAAUUAAAAAUUACAACCUUAUACCUUAAAAUGGGUAAGAAUUAUAUACAUGCUAUCACCCGGGGCUUCGCUCCCGUGCGAAUUUCGGGAUUAAAAGUACCCCAUGUGUUACUCCAGGUUAUAUUCUAACCGUGUACCAAAUUUCAUAACAAUCCGUCCAGUAGAUUUUGCGUGAAACAAUAACAUAAUAUAUGCACGCACGUCGCACACAUCCUCACAAACUUCCGCAUUUAUAAUAUUAGUAGGAUAUCUACAAAAAUGCCAGUCCUAAAAGAAUAAAAAGACAAAAUUAAAAGACCUCAAUUUCAUUUCAGGUCUUUUGAUGAGAUUACUCCAUAGUGACGUCAGUAUUUUGUGUUAUUUGGUAUCACAGACCAUUUAGUUUGGUAUGAAGCGUUUGGACAAUCCCAAAAAUACUUACCUAUGUGAUUUUAUUUUAGGCAUAUAAACAUUUUUUUUAAAUAAAACAUUGUCAUCCUUAACUACCUGGCGACAGCUGCUACCACGCCUGAGCGUUCCAAAUAUAGGUAGGUACUUAACGAAAUCUUAAAUAGGGAGUUUCAAAUAUAGGUUUAAAUUUUACUACACAUUUAUCCCGCCAGAGUACAGCACUGUAUGUUAGGUACACAAAAGCUUUGCUGCCUUUUGCUAUGUCGAUUAAAACGUUUAUUGUAGAGUACUUUAUUAAUCAUGUAAACAUUCGUUUGUGAAAAUGUAGAACAUUGUAGCAUAUUCGGGUGCCGAAAUAUUGGGAAAAAUCGUUUUCCAUAAGAUAAAAAACUUUGAAAACUAUGGGAUACGCCUCAUGCUGUAAAAUUUUCGAACCACGGUCGAAAAGAAGCUCGGAAUACUUCACACGUGAAGACAAUUAAAAUAUGGACUUCAUACAGGUCUAAGAUCUUCAGUCCAAAUCAAGUUUAUAUCAGUUUAUGACCACAGUUGACCAAAUAAUGCAGAACAUAACCUAAAAUAGUGUUAUUAUUUUCAGGAUAAUCCACUAAAUCCUUCCUUUUUCCUUUAAACUCGCACCACGAUUGCGUAGGAGAUAUUUUUGGUCGUAAAUCUGCAACAAUAUUGAAAAUUUGCGCUUUUUGCCUCCAUUGGCAAUGCUUGUGUACCUUAGUUGUACCAGUAGCGCCAUCUGCGCUGAGCUUCGCGUAAUAUGCCCUAUUAUUUUUUAUAAUAUACAUUGCAAUGUUCUCAGCAUUAAAAUCUAAAAAAGUAGGGCAUUUUUUUUUUCUUAUCUUAAGUCUCGAGUCCAUAAGCUCGCUCUACUCUAUACUGGGCAAGUAGGUUACAGAACUCUAUGGUCUCACCUCACCCCACUUGUCAUUUAUUGUAAAAGAAAAAUACCCCCCUCUACGCCGCUGGCUGGCUGCGCCGGCCCGGGCAUAUUGAAUGCAAUGCAUCUCCUGUAUUGAUCUGUGUGCAUAAAGGUACCUUCCUGCUAUAAAAAUUAUACAUGUACGUAAUUAGAAAUAAUACAACGCGCAACGCCCACGUCUCCCAAGAAUCUCGCUAGUUUGGUUUUGAUAUGGAUAUUGGAAGCACUGUUGAGGAAAAUACAAUGCAUACUACUGAAGAAGAACCUUGCAACAUAAAUUGUUUACCAACAGAAAUACUUACUGCCAUUCUUUAUCUUCUACCACCCAGAGAUGUUGUAAAAUGCAAGGCUGUGUGUUCCAGAUGGAACGAUAUUAUUAAUAAAUUAAUUUAUGAUGAACGUUUAUGGCGUGAUCAUUGUAAACAUGAUUACUGCGAUAUUUAUACUGAACAUAAGUAUAAAGUGAAACCGACAGUACGUACAUUCCAAUUAUAUAGGUCUUUUGCAGUAUGGCCAAAACUAUCGACGGCAACAGAAAGUCGCAAAGAAUUUGCAAGAGCCACAAUGCCAAGUGAGCAAAUAAAAAGCUUUAGGAUUAUUGGAGAUGGAACUGUUGGUGUACACACUAAAGAAUCCAUAAUGUACUUUAAUGCCGAAACCUUUGACCCAGCGAUGGAUCGUGAACCUAUCAUUGGAAGUUAUUCCCAAUAUAGGGAGAACAUCUAUUUUAUUGCUGUUGUGGAUUUCUGACAUCACCUGCAUCUUGUGAGGAAAGCUUUAGAUAACCCAAGUGGGGAAUCAUGUGUCACAUAUAACCGUGUUAUGAAAUAUCUUUUGGUUGAUAAGGUGGUAUACUAUAUCACCCUUGGCGAUGAGAUUUUCACAACUAAUCUAGAAGAUGUAUCAAGCCAAUUUCUUGUCAAGUUAAAUUUUAAGGUCUUGUCACUUGGGUUCAAAGACCAUCUUCGUAUACUAACAGAACAUCAUGAUAUCUACAAUCUUGUAAAUGAUAAACUAGUACACAUGACCACAAUCAGUCAUGAACCAGGCCCUUUGAAUCAGCUUCAGGAUCAUAAUAUUUAUGAUCCUUACUGCUGGCAGGUGUACUUCCAAACCACCCGCCUAGUGAAUCUGAGAGAUAUUGUAUCAGUGUUAAAAUAUGGAGACUUUUUCUUGUUAGGAACUCGUUGGGGAAGACUUCAUAUAUAUUAUGCUCCACUUUCUUCAGAAAAAUUAAAUCUUUGCAACACUGCACCAAUGAAGAGAUACAACUUUUUUGAGAAGUCGGGCUUAGGUCAAAGCCUUAUCUGUAGUUGUCCGAUACUACAAAUAGAUGUCAUUGAAUCAGACACUGGUCACACUGUCAUACUUGCAAUGCAACAUAAAAUGGCUGCAUUGAAAUUUGUACACAACUUUACAGAACCGAUUUAUUACUAUUAUUAUUAUGACAAUGAUGAUGAAGGAGAUAAUCCAUAAUAUAUAAAAACUGUUUUUUGAUUUACAAGUACAUUGGGUUACUCUUGUGUAUAUUUUCUAAAUGGUAUCUCUUCUCUACCAAACAAAGGGACUAUAUAUUGGUUCUUAAAGGCUGUUCUCUGUGAGCAGAGCAGACCAGACGGAUACUGGCAUAAGAGACGACUUCGGCAUUCCUUCGGAAAAAUUGGUUUCGGAUUGGAGCAACAUGGCGUGAUUAUAACGACUAUUAAUUACAAGAAUUGGAUAGGCGAGGAGUUCUGGUUGAGUAGGUAUCGCAAGAUUCAGGGAUCGAGAGCAUUCAUAAAAAAAGGCCCAACACGUGACAAAAUGAGCGUUUAUGUUAUUGGCGAAACAGCAAUGUGUUGCAAUGUUCCACUCGAGUGGUUGGGACUUCAAGCUAGACCAGGCGUCGAUGAUAUUCAUGCCGAAGGGUCUACACUAAAGUCUAACUCAUGAGAAAUUGAACCUUUAUGUCGUCGGCGAAACAGCAACUACUUUUCACAGCUAUUAAAUCAAUCUCAAGGGUGUUUGCGUUUUAUAGCCAAUCAGUUAACAAAAUAUGAAGUAGCUAAUAAACGUCAAUAUUCUUGCGACUGUAUCUUACAUAUAUAUCAGAUACCCAAUACUUGUCGUGGACUUACAUAAAUGUGAUUAUAAUAAUGUGAAUGUUAACUAAGAAUAUUUAAAAAAAGAUUUUCAAUAAUGUCAAUGUGGAAGCAUUUAUUCAGAAACUAGAUGAUCUCCAUGUAUCAUUUUAUGUGAUUUCUAAUAAUAAAUGUGUAGUAAUUUAAAUGUUUCCCAAAGAUGUUGAUGUCUUAAAUGUGAAUGUAUAAUCUCUAUACUUAAUUAAUAAAUCAUGUUAUCUGAAGCACUCAAUACAUUUGUAUGAAUAAAAUGUAUUUCAUAGGUUCAAGUGUUAAACAUUAUUGUGUAAUAUCAGAUUUUUUGUAGACAUAAUCCGUGUUCUUAAUGUCAUUAGAAUCAUGUAAUCUGAAAAUAAAAAUUGUAGGUAUGAAUAAAAUGUAUCCAAAUAUGUAUGGUUUCAAGUAUUAUUUCAUAACUACAAUAUUCUUGUGACAGUAGUUUAUAACAGAUGUUUCAUAGACUUAAUCCAUAUUGGUUCAAUGUACUUGAUGUCAGUAGGAUGAUAUAAACAGAUAAAUCUGUCCUAAUAAAAUGUGUUAAGUAUCA